GCAGACUCGAGGCAAGUCACGAGAUGUUCACACGUCUCAGCGACUUGCUGGUGGAGGGCAUCACGAGGGAGGAGGACCGACAAUACGGGCCCAUGGCCGUGCAAGCCGCCACUACCAUUUAUGCCGUCAGUUCUACAUUGUGAUUAGUCUCUUAUGUUAUUAGGUCUCCAUCGUGGAGUUCUGUAAGGGAGAGUUCUGACAGUGAACUAAUUUGAAUGCAGUCGGUACUGUUGUAUACUGAAGUCUAUUGGCUCAACGUUCGCUAAUGUUAGCCCUGUAAAUAUUAGAUAGGACGUUUUCUAUUGUUCUAUAUUCUUGGCGACAACGAUUAUGUGGUGACGGUCAAGGUAGACGGCGACGCGACCCGCUCAGCUACGUCAAUCUACAUUAAACCAAGCUAUGAUGACGACGACUCAGUUUUCACCUCCAGCGGUGAUUUCAAAAUAAAUAGAAGUCCCGCUGAACUAAAGUCCAGUUUAAAAAUCCCUAUGACUGACGAGGAAAAGUUACUUGCUCUGGGCAGUGCAAACUGCCAUAAAUGUCCUCACUGUAACCAAUUGAAAUUCAACAAGGACGACAGCUAUUCACACUUGCCCGUCAGAAAGAGACAACCGAUGCAAACAAAGCCUCGUCCUCGAACGAUCGGAUCCUCACAACACUCCCCAGAAUCAAUGUACGAAGCCGUUUAUCCGGCAGCAGAAGCUCUAUCCAAACGUUCAUCGCUCAAUAUCGAUAUCCUGGACUCGAGAUUACACCGAGCGAGUCGACUGAGCUCGGUGUUGCCGCCACGCAACGCUAGCGAGGAAAUGCCUCGCCUUAAGUCAAAGCAGUUAUCGCCUAACGUUUCUCCUACACCUGUCACUACACAUUCCCGCUCGUCGUCUUUAGAUCGAGCGGAGUCGUGGCGACAAGAAAGCAGCAACACUGAAGAGAAAUCACUCAAAGACGCCGAAGCAGAUGACGUGAAUUCGAGCUCAAUAACAGCAGUCGUCAAUCGAUACCGUAGACGGGCUCCGAGUUUGCCGAGGGUGUCGCAGCUGACGCACAGACGGUCGUCUUCGAGUCAACGACGAAAUAAUUAAUGUUGGAGGAACGCGACUUCGCAGCAUGGGGCUGAUGGAGGCAAGAAAAUUAUUAGCCAGCCCUGCGCUGGAAGUGGACGUAGUUGUAGCUAGGAUACCUUCGUGCUCAUCCCCUGCAAGUCUCGUGAACGAGUGCACGUCAAUGCGUGAUGUUCAAAUCAGUUCGGCUCCUGAAGCUACGUUGGUGAGGCAGCCCGGUCGCUUACAGCACAGAGACUAUGCUUCCUACGAUGGAAAAAACACUAAAGAUAUCUCCCUUCAAUCCAGACAAACCCCUACGAAUGUCAUUAAAACACAAUCACACCUGGACGGCGUUCUCAGGUGUUCUCAAUUAAAAAAAUGCUGCGCUGAAGAAAUUGACGCGCAGCGUGCGGCGAGAAUUCACGCCGAGCACAUUUCAAGCAAACCUUCAAUAUUUACGGAACGUACAGCGUUUCGGACUAACUCCUCGGCAUUGGUCAAUGGGACGCAACUUAUGUGCACAUCUAAGGAAUCUCCUCAGUCUACAUCAGCUGCGCCGCUGCUUAUAUCCCCAAGAGCAAACGACGGAAACGAGGAAAGCCUUCCGAGCGCUGCUCUGACUUCCGGAAUUUUUGUAAAUGGAGCAUCGCCCGACUGCCACAAUCAGCGAUGCGUUCCGCGGAGAGUUCGCCCAGUGUCGCUUUCAACGCUGCCACGGCGCCCCAAGUCGCUCUCUCUCUCCUUCCACACCGUCGCCUUCGAGAAAGGUGCUGGCAAGAAAGGGUUGGGCUUUUCAAUCGUUGGAGGGCGGGAUUCACCUAAAGGCAACAUUGGCAUCUUCGUUAAAACGAUAUUCCCCAACGGACAAGCUGCUGCAGAAGGCAUGCUUCGAGAAGGAGACGAGAUCCUGGCCAUCAACGGUGCGAGCGUGGCAGGGGCGAGUCAUGGUGAGGCCAUCGGGAUGUUCAAGUGCAUCAGGAGCGGUCAGGUUCUGCUACACGUUGCCCGGAGGGUUCCGUCCAAUACUCGCAGCGGGUACAGAGCAAAGUCGUGCGAUGAGUUGGACAAGUGCGAAGAAGAAGAAGAAUAAAAGUCCAGCAGCAAUAUAGUGGGCAACGUACUCGUAUAAAUUAUUCCACGAAUUCAUUUAAUUUGUUAAAUAUAUAAUCAGAUCUAUAAUUGUAUAAUAAAUUGCAACAUGACUUAAACUAAAAAUAGUUUUAGUGAGACGUAAGGAUCAACUUGGAUCUAGGCUUGCACAUUUAGGUGGUGCAGUGACAACUUACAAACAUUAUUCGUAAUAAAUAGAUUCAUAA